UGCACAUUUGUGUGGGUGCGUACGUGCAGCUUGACACGCGCUUAGUCCAAGUCAUUCGCCCUCUGAGGACGCUAGCUGGAGCUAGCUGUUAUUUGGCGGUGCGAAGAUAUCCAGCAGGAUAACACGUCCGUGUACAGUGUGAGAUGCUAGGUGCUGGCCCAUGGGUGUGAGCCGACUGGAUGUAUUUUACAGAAGGCUGCUCCUCACCAAACUCUUUAUUGGGGGAUGGGGGAAGCCUGAGGACCUCAAGAGAAUCUUUGAGUUCCGUAAGAUCAUUGGAAACAGAGAGAAGUGCAGGUCUCUAUUGCCAGAAGACUAUCCAGUUCACAUAAACAAGACUGAGGAGCAUGUUGACUGUCACAUCCACGAUGGGUUCUUCUUCUCUCCUCUGGAGCACUUGGUUCCUGGAAUCCUGCCUCCAGAGUCUGUCAAAGCCAGGUUCCAGUUCAUAGUUCCCAAGAGGUGGCAGAAGAACAGACCAGUGUGCAUCCACUUGGCAGGGACCGGAGACCAUUUUUUCUGGCGUCGGCGGACCCUGAUGGCCAGGCCCAUGGUCAAAGAGGCAGGAAUGGCUUCACUGCUUCUGGAGAACCCGUAUUAUGGCUAUCGAAAACCUAAAGACCAACUGCGCUCAUGUCUGAAGAAUGUGUCCGACCUGUUUGUGAUGGGAGGGGCUUUGAUCCUGGAGUCUACAGUGCUUCUCCGGUGGCUGGAGAGAGAAGGUUACUGGCCUCUAGGAAUGACUGGAAUCUCCAUGGGAGGAUAUAUGGCGUCCUUAGCAGUGACCAACUGGCCGAAGCCCAUCCCUCUGAUUCCCUGUUUGUCCUGGUCCACUGCCUCUAGUGUCUUCACCACAGGAGUGCUGAGCAAAGCAGUGAACUGGGCCGAGCUUGAGAAGCAGUAUGCCAUUAACUCGGUGUAUGAAAAGGAGAUCAUCAAGCUGUUGGACUACUGUGGGGCUGAUUCCUUUAAGAUGGGUCCAGAUUUUCCAAAGCCUAUGGACUCUUUGGAGCAUCUGUUGGGCCUGUCUAGAGAUGUCAGCGCGUCAGUGGGUGAGACCUCCAAAGCAGCAAGGGAAGCUGAGGCUGGACUGGACCUGUUGAUUGGUGCAGGCCCUGAAGAGGGCGGAACCAGAGGGGACCAAUUGUUAUCAUCUGGGAACAACACUGGAAUCAGAAGCCUUCAUGCAAACAACACACUGCAUGGGAAGAAGACGGAUUCAUCCAAGUGCCAUCGGCCAUCGUUACAUCAAGAGUCGAUAAGCUUCAUGAAGGCAGUAAUGGACGAAUGCACACAUAUGGCUAACUUCUCUGUUCCUGUAGACACCAGUCUCAUCAUCGGCGUCCAAGCCAAAGAGGAUGCCUACAUCCCUCGUACAGGGGUCCUCAGUUUGCAAGAGAUCUGGCCAGGAUGUGAAGUCAGAUAUCUGAAUGGAGGACACAUCAGCGCCUAUCUGUUCAAACAGAAUGUCUUCAGACGGGCUAUUUACGAUACAUUUGACCGAUUCUGCCUAAAGUAUCCAGACCUGCAGUAGCCAGGGAGUCCAUACCUCCCUGGAACAGCACCAGGAUUCUUCUACUCAAGCCAGAGGCUUCCCUUUUGUAUUAUUCACAUCAAAUCAUUCUAGAAAGUAACUAAAACUUAGAAAAUGUUGUGGAAAUAUUUCUAUAUUGGAUUUUAAACCGUUGCAGCACACAUUCUCCUGUUUUUUACUGGUCCACUAUGUUAUCAAUAUGUGCCCUGUUGAAACUCUCAAAAGCAAACACGCACAUCUUCUAAUAUUGUGUUAACAUUAAAAUAAUGUACAUGUUGAAAAAUACAAGAAACAAUGCAGCUUGUCAUUUGAUCAAAAGUGAAUCCGAAUGAUCUCACCUACAGUAGUCAGCUGAUUGAUAACAAACAUUUCUAACACUCAAGUCAUUUUAAAGAAGACUAUUAUUUUAUUAAUUGGAGCACAAUGACCUGUAAACGCAACUUGACGUAUCACCUCAUAAAGUUGGUAAACCUUAGGCUUUCUUUUCAACUCUUUUGAUAAAUAUGUCUGUAUCUGCUGGGUCGCUCUGUUGUUUCUGCCUGUUUAAACGGUUGGUCAAUCAGAGCUUUUUCACAGGUCUUAAAACCACUUAUCCUGCACACAGGCUCGCGGGGGCUGAAGUCAAUCCCAGUCAACUUCGGGCAAGAGACAGGAUACACCCUGGAUUGGUCGCCAGCCAAUCACAGGGCUAACAGAGCCAAACAACCAUUCACAUCCGCGGGCAAUUUAGAGUUCCCAAUCAACUUAAUUCAAAGAACAUGUCUUUGGAUUGUGGGACAAAGCUAGAGAGAACGGCCAGAACAUGCAGGCUUUACACAGAUAGGCCGCUGGGCAGAGUCUAACUCAGGACCUUCUUGCUAGAUAACCAAUAACAAAAUAAAUUAACCCAUAUUCCACAACACACUUCAAUGUAUGAUGUUGGAGACCAUUUCCAUAGCUCAAGUUAAAAUGAAUUCUGGGGCUUGAAUGGUUUGAUAUGUGGUGCUAAAACCUUUGGACCAGUAAUUGUGCAAAGAAGGUCACAACCAAACCAUACCUGCAUGAGUGGCCACCUCUUGAAAGGGAAAAAAUGUUGAGGCAAUUACAACUGUUCUAAAAGCAGCUGGUUGCCACUGACAGGUUAGAGACAUACAGAAGGUGGUGGUUUGCACGAGGGGGAUAUGUUCAAUGUCAUAUCUGGUUGCCUGGUUCUUAAAGAAUCUGAGCACAGUGUACACUAAGAUUAAUAAAAUCAAGUCCUUGUUUAUGUACACAUACUUGGACAAUAAAGUGGAUUCUCAUUCUGAGGACAAUCACUCGCAGCUUAAUGGCUGUAGCAAACAAUAGUGGGUGUAGUUGGUUCUGAUGGAAGCAAUGGGAGGCACAGUUUCAUCCAGGAGGCACUGUUUUUACACAGCCAAAUUUUUCCAGUGUGUAAAAAAUACUUUUUCAGACAUGCAAUUAGAUGGGGCCAUGGAGUCCUACUAGUUUUUCUAAUAUAUUUGAGACCAGAAAUUUUUGGUUAUUUUUAAUUCACAGAGUGCUAGAUGGAAGUGAAAUAAUAUACUUGUUUUCUUGCGUGGCCUCUUGAUGGUGCUGAUGUCUCACUGUUACCAUGAAUAAAUACAGUGAUGCAAAAACUG